GUGACGGCCAUUUUAUAGGACGCUCGAUGUCUGCAUACACUUAAAGACUAGUUCGUAAAAUCGUCUCAAAGUUUAGUGACAGCCGGUUCCCGAUUAUGUUAAAGGCGGAAGACAAUCAACCGCAGAAUAACGAUGACAGGGACAGAAGCAGGGAACGUGACCGCAACCGAAGAUCAGACAGACCGAAUCGCCUGAACUCGGCUACUCGCGACCGCAGCCGGGACAGAAAUGAACGCGGCAGGAAAGCAUCCGAGAGGCGGAUCUAUGUGUCAAACAUUCCAUACGACUUCCGCUGGCAGGAUCUCAAGGAUCUGUUCAGAACGGAGGUUGGCAAGGUAGCACACGUGGAGCUUUUCACUGAUGAGAAUGACAAGCCCAGGGGGUGUGGGAUAGUCGAGUUCGAGGACUCAGACUCUGUGAAGAUAGCAGUCGAGAAGAUGCAUCGAUAUGAUAUCAAGGGAAGAAAGCUCGUCGUCAAGGAAGACUUCGACGUUGAACGCGAUAAAUACGGGCGCUUGUCGACGGGUCGUAACAACGACAGAACGCGGGACGACAGAUUCAGGGACCCUCCCAGACAACAAGGAGGCGGACGACAAAACAUGUCCGCGCCUAGUGGCGGCGGCGGCGGCGGCGGUGGCGGCGGUGGUGGUGGUGUCGGCGGCGUUGGCGGCGUCGGUGGUGGCGGUGGCGGCGGAGGUGGCGGUGGCGGUGGCGAUAAUAAAUUCGGGAAUACAUACGGUCUUAGCACACAGUUCUUGGAGUCGUUGGGUAUCAAUGGCCCGUUAGUCACGCGGGUCUUUAUCGCUAACCUGGACUACAAGGUUGACGAGAAGAAACUGCUCGAGGUCUUCAAGCUGGCUGGCAAGGUGCUGCACGUUGAGCUGGGCAAAGACAAGGACGGUAAGUCGAGGGGCUUCGGGGUCGUAGAAUACGACCACCCGGUGGAAUCGGUCCAGGCGAUAUCGAUGUUGCACAAUCAGCAGCUGUUCGACAGACGUAUGACCGUCAGGCUCGACAGAGCCAAUGAGCCGGACAUGCCGCCCAAAUUGCCGGAAGGCUUGAAAGGUAUCGGUAUGGGUCUGGGAGCUGGUGGCAAUCGACUAUUAGAUGUGGCUCGAAACAUUCCCAAUGUACAAGCGAACAAUCCACCGGUGGUGAAUCCGAUCUCCGCGCCGGUCCUGGCGGCUGGGGCCUUCGGGGCCAGCUUGAAUAAUGUCGUGCCAGCGCAGCUGGCGUCCGCACUGUCCAACACUAAUGCAGCAGCCUUGCAAGCCAGCCUCGCCAGCGGUCUGGGCGCUAAUCUCACCACCAGUUCGUUGCUCAACUCCUCCUUGACCAACGAACUGGCCUCGAAUCUGAAUAGCUUUGGCGGCGGAGUAGGCGGCUUAAGCGGACUCCAGGCGUCUUUGGCCGGCGGGCAAGGCAACAACUCGUUCGCGCCGCGCGGUUUAUCCAAACUGGACAACGAUAUCGGGUUCGGCGGUAACAACGCCUUCGGCGGCUCCAACUUCGGAGGUGGCAGGGACUUCGACGGCGGAUUCAACAGGGACGGCGAUCGUGUGUCCGCUGGUGGCGGCGGCGGCUUCUCCGGCAACCAGGGCCAAUCAGGAGGCGGCAAUCGACAGAACUCCAAUGGAUCGCGCUCGAUGUCGGACACCAUUCUCAUAUGCAACUUACCACCAAACACCACAUGGCAGAUGCUGCGUGACAAGUUCCAGGACGCGGGGGAAGUCAAGUUCGCGGAGAUGAGGGGUACUGACAUGGGUAUGGUUCGGUUCGCGUCUGAAUGGGACGCCGACCGUGCUGUGACUAUGAUGAACCGAACACGCAUUGACGGCCGAACAAUUGAUGUGCGCUUGUACUAAAAGGAGCCGUGGAUCAUUGGACGAUACAAGGUAACGUUAAUAGACAAGAUCGUAUCUGCGGAAUUUCAUGCUUAAUCAUAAACUUAUUGACGCAGCGUGAGGAAGCUCUGGGGUGUUUGUGUGUCGUCUGCAGGAUUGUUCCGCUCCCGAUGACAAUACUUGAAAUUCAUCCUAGUUAUGAUGUGGCAGAGCUUUAGAGAACAAUAAGUGAGGGAGAGAGAGAAAGAGAGAGGGGGAGAAGUAUCUAAUCUUCGGAAGAUCAGCAAGUCUUGUUCGAUCAUGACUACUCAACGUCGAAACGGUCGUGUCGACUACUGACGAUCACCCUCUCUCCGCACCUACCUACCCGCCCACCACCCACCGCUCACUACCAACACCAUCAAAACUACUUUCCAUCCUCAAAACUCCCGCGGUCUUUUUAUCUCUCUGUCUUGUUGCGACUGUUCAAUUGAAUAUUGUUUACACCAACGCCGGCUUAUGGCUCCUUUUUACAGUGGAAGAAGUCUUUACUAAUUGUUCGCCUCUUAAAUUGGUCCUUUUUUUUUCUAGUGACGUCGAAAUAUAGUUUAGUUGCUUAGGUACAUAGGUUCACGACGAUCGUUAUUAUGUAAGCUAGUAGGUCCCUUUUUUCAGUGUGUAGGUUACUUUACUAUUUUACAGGCUAUUUACGGUAAUUAGCAAAUGUAAUCUGUAAGUUUACAUCUUAGUUGUCAUGACGAGAGAUCGAUCGGCUGUCCAUCGUUCGCUUCUAAAAGGUGACGCUCUGGUCGUUCCGCCGAGCAGGAAUAGAGAUGUAAUCUUUCUAUCACGGAAACGCACUUUUACUACGUCGUGAAGAAGAAAAGAAGAAACAGAGAAAAUCAUUGUCCGUUCGAAUUUGUGCUGAUUAACGCUCAUGUGUGUGUGUGUGUGUUUUUUUGGCUCUUAUCGAGAUCACCGGUAGGCGCGUUCCUUACAAAUCUCAUUGAUGCAGAUCGUGCAUAAGAGCUAGCAUACUAGCUGUUCUCGUCGAAUUCUCGUCUCGCAUCGCUCGCAAUUUCCAGAGUAACGAGAGGCACUGGCGCUUUUUUUGACGACAGGGCACCAACUACACACUACUUCGUCGCGAUAGGACCUAUUACGAUUAUUAUUGUUUUUAUUUUUGUUCUUUGAUUAUUUGCUGUCACACUUCGCACCGUCUCUCUCUGUCGCAUUGCUGUUGUAAGAGAAUCGAACUGUUCUUAUUAGACGCGACGAUGCGCGCGGCAUAUUUGUUACAAAGUCGCCGCCGCCUCAGGUCGAUCCUCUUUCGAUUCGGUGUGUUUCGUGACUCUCGGGCGAGCCAACGUCGGAUCAAGUUUAUAUCUCUGAAUGUAGAGGAGAUUCAGUUAAACUGUCUUUGCGUUCUCUGCGCCGUUUUGAUAUGUUUACCAAAAAGUAAAGUCGUGUUCUCCUUGCGUCGAACGUAGUAGACUUUGUGCUUUUAAUUACUUUUUUCAUUUUUUUUUUUUUUUUAAACAUCGUCCCCGUGGGCCACGUCCCUUUGUGGGCACAGAGAGAUGAGAUGUUCGCAUCGCAAUGUUGACCAUCGCUUCUGGUGGACGCAACGGACGUUAUUGUCGCAAUCAGCUCGGUGUUUCCUGGAUGUUAUUUUUUGGUAAACAUAGCAGCUCCCCUCUCGCCAUGUAGACGACUUUCGAGGAAGAUUCUGCGCAUUGUACAACACACUCUUGUAUAACCACAAUCUCAUGACACGAUGAUUGAAUAAAAUUCAGACUCGUUUUGUGACCAUUCAAGAAAAAAAAAAAGAAAAAAACGAAACAUGGUCGUUGUGUUUUAUUUCUGUGCUGUUGUGAAGUUUUAUUACUUUUUUUUUCUCUCUCCGCUAGCGGUCUUUCUCACUGCGUAGGUUCGAUGGGACGGGGGGGGGGGGCCCGUAUGCGUUUUUUGGACGUUCAAACGCGAUACGCAUUUACGUAACUCAACUUGUGACGUGGACGGGUGUGAUGUCUCCCGUAAAUGCGUCGCGUUUACACGCGAGAAUCACGCGUGUUCGUUUACUUUCGUCGGCGCGUCUUUAAGUACAGAUCCGCCUCGAUCGUGUCUUCCGUACACACCGGGGGGCGUCGGUAGAGUAAUCUCUGGAGUAAUCAGUGCAGUGGAAAAAAAAAAGAAAGAGAGAGAGAGAGAAUGAGUUCACACAUCGCAGGUGAGAUAUCUUUUCAGAUGACUUUCUUCUCUCCGAUUUGUUCCUUUGUGCCGAAGACUUUCCGAAGGGAGAGGGAGAGAAAGAGAGAAGACGAUAUAUCUCCGGCCUCUCCGCGAUUAGCAGCGCAAUUAUCCUUUCAUCAAUUAGCGAGGAUCGAAGCGAUACUCCGACUCUGUAUGGUUUUUGUGUGCAUGAUCGUCAAGGUAUCAUAGUGUGUUUCCUCGCCUCGCCGGCGGUUUUUCACCGAGACUUUACGAGUCUUUACUGCGGAUGGCGGAGAGCGAUCGGCGGAUCUCUUGCAGUAUUUUUUUCCCUUUUUUUUUUGGUGUAACGGGUUGCAGAGAAGGGGUGACACGACAUCAACACGUCGGGUUCUGGUUCUCGUGGUCUUUAACGUGGUGCCUCGUGCUCGUCGAUCCUGUGUCUGUGUGUGUGCGCGUGCAUAGAGAACCGUUAGAGUAACGACGGCGAGAUCUUCCACGCGCGUCGCGACGACCUCGCGUGUCCGCUUCCUCGUGGCCGGCUUACGGCUCUCUCCGUACGACCUCCUCCUCCUCUUUGUCGGUCUGUAUCGCAUGCGGGGGAGACUUGGCGGCUCUCUUUUUUUCCGGGGCGAGGCGCGUCCUAUGGUAAGUGUGCUCGUGAACUUUUCCGCUCCGAUUCUCGAAUUUUUCCACGCUCUAUGCGACUGCGGUGUUUCUCCCGCCGUUUUUCCCCGAGUCGAUAUCUCUGGCUUCACAUGUAUGAACACUGUAAAAGAAAAAGAAAAAAAGAAGAGAGAGAAAACUCCCACGUGUCAAAGGAUGUGGCUCAUGCUCUCCCAACCAUUUUUUUGUUCAAUUCGACGAUAGUCAGGAUUCCAACGCACGGAUGCUCUGGUCGAGACUCGGUGUUUGUAUAGUUUUCGUAGUUUAACGGCUCGUCGAUUCCAGCGGGCCGGAGGAGAGGUGUGCACUCUUCGCUGUUGUGACGUAUACCCGUGCGAAUCGCAGUAAUAACGCUCGAUAAUCUAUCUCGCAUUUUUACGCGGGGACGAGAAGGUAUCCGCAGUUUUUUUGUCCUUUCGUGAAAUAGACCGAUAAGAAGACGAUAACGCGAUACACGCGGCUUUAUAUUGCGUCGUAUUUUAUAGAGAAUUAAGUAUUUUUCAUUUUUAUUACACUGGGACGCAUACGAAGAGAGUCACAUGGUGGAUAUAUGAAUUAUUUCCAGGUCACGCGAUCGGGAAACACACGUCGCCGACUGCUGCGAGGUAAGUUUCGACAGUUGGCGGACAGUCACCUUACGCAAAUAUGUUGUUCUUGCAGGGUAACGAUCGCGCAAGCGGCGCGUCGAGUUUGAUAUAUGAGAGAGAUAUAUAAAGUUAGAAAGAAAGAGAGAAAAAGGGGGGGAGAGACAGAGAGAGAGACGGUGAGUGUAUCGCGCGAAGUAAAAAAGAACGAGCCCAUAGUUGUGCUUUUCAAUCACACCUGUAUUUCCGAGACUUCGUUCUGCCUUUACAUUAUAAAAUAGUUUUCAAUAUGCGGGUUUAAGUGUAAAGACGCUAUCUUCGCAGGCAGAAAAAUAGAAAGAAGAAGAGAGAGAAAGAGAGAGUUGAGACAUGACAUAUCGCGCACAUAACAUAUGAGUACGGUGUAAAAACGGCUCAUCGUGACGCGUGUAAAGAUGCGUCGGUAACGGACUACGUAUCGAUUCGGCGAACGACAUGCAAAACGUACAAAAGCGCGCAUGGACACGAGGAGGACACACGUCGCUUUGUUAUGAACCUGAGCCUUAACCGCGUGAACGAGACGGCGUUUGUCGUGUUUAUCGCGCGCGAAAGUGUGCAUCGCGCAUCAUCAACGGCUCUCUCUGAGAGGGACGAGAAAAAGAGGCAACUCGAUCCGACAACGUCAUAUUACACACCCUUUUCCCUCAUGUAUUGUACAUACUUGUGUGUAAUCAUGUAUUGAUAUCAGUCUAUAUUGUAUUUUAUAAUGGGUUUUUUAUCACGUUGGAAAUAAAGACGGUCACACAAAGGUGUAAAAAAAAAACUGUCUUCGGCGAAUAAAUCGUCAAUUCCGAACGUACAC